AUGUCUGAUCCUAAUAGUGCCAACCCGGACAUGGAGAACUCACUCCCCUCUCAGUCCACCUUUGUUCCUACCCUGAAGAACUUCCAUGAGGUCUUACAGGCCAUCACAGUGCUCAGACAGAGCUCUGACCAUCUUGACAAGCAACAGCACACCAUAGGUCGCGCCCUUGAAGACAUUACUGACAAAAUCACUUCCCUCAGGUUCCCCACCAUGCCUACCAGCGCCAUGGGACACCAAGGUCACUCAGACUCAGUUGCCCCGCAAGGUGUUGCCAAGUUUUGGAAGCCAAGACUAUUCAAAGGUAGUGCGACCGACAUUGAUGCUUUUGUCGACGAGAUACUUAGUGCUGUCGAACUCUCUCAUUCAUCGCCACCCACCGACAUGGACAAGGCUUUGUACUUGUCCACCUAUCUAGACAAUGGGUCACCACACUCUUGGUUCACAGCUAUUCACCAUACCAAUGAUGACUUGCUCCACAACUUCAACUCACUAAUUGACAAUUUCAGGCAACACUUUGGAGACCCUGACACUGAGGGCACGCCCCUCUGA